UCACCUGGUUCUGAAUGCUUUGAGAGAGUCAGUGCUGGCCUUCAAGAACUCCAAAAGCAACUCCAGCUCCUGAAGAUGGAGUCGGAAUCAUAUGCUGACGUUCCUAUGCUUGUCUCAACUGAUGAAGACGCGGGGCAAGGAUCAAUUAUAUUCACCCAAGAGAAGGAGAUUAUAAAUGAGAGCUGGGAAUCUUACUACUUAGUUGACGUUCUUAUUGACUCCGGUUUUAAUGAAACUGAUCCUGACAUGUUCAUGACAACUUGUCACUCUCCAGAAUGCCCUUUGGGUCCUUGGGUAUUCGACACCCUUGAGAAGACGUAUGGUGAUGAGACAACUGGGCCGAGGUCUGAACGGAGGCUACUGUUUGAUCGUAUAAAUUCGGCACUCUUGGAGAUUUAUCAGAUGUUCAUGAAACCUUGCGUGUGGGCGAAGCCAGUGACACGCAUAACUGGUUCAAACUGGUCGAGACAUGGGCUCAUAGGGGAACUGCAUAAAUUGCUUGCAAACCAAGAAAAGAGAGCAAACUACGACAUAUCCGAAAAAGUGCUGGAUAGGGAGAUGCAAUGGUCAGAUUUUGGAGAGGAUAUUGAGGUGAUUGGCAAGGAAAUAGAGAAAUUAUUGAUAAAUGACCUAAUCACAGAGUUUAUAAGUAUGUAGAAAAACUCUAAUUGAGAAAGUAGCUAGCUACAUAGAGAUGAAAUGAUGGAAGGCUUGGUUUAGAAUGAAUAAACAUAAGUUCCCUGUUCUACAUUAUUAAUAGUAUAAUCCUGUUAUGCUGAACAGAACAGUGGAGGAGCCACCAUCGGCUUAGAGAAGACGCAUGCCUACCCUCAAAAUUUUAUUUUUUG